GCUUACGGAAUUACAGAACGGAAAAGUUGGAGCUAAAGAAAAUGAGUGGAAUAGUGAAGAUAUUAGGGGUAUGCCUUUGCGCUGGGGGAGCGGCGACUAUUGCAUUGUACACUGGACCAACUUUUAAGCUACUGCUACAUCACCACCUCUUCAACUUGCCCGGCCACGCUGUAUCUCGGGCUGCUUCUUCUUCCGGCAAGAAAUGGAUUAUGGGUGUCAUUUUGACCUUCUUAUCUUCCGUUACCGGGAGUUUAUGGAUCGUCAUACAGAGUGGAAUUCUGAGACGAUACCCUUCCAAGCUUUUGAGCACAACUAUUCAGAUUACCAUGAGCUCCGUUCAAGCAUUUGUUGUUGCUGUUAUUUUUGAGAGAGAUUUUGAUCAAUGGAAGCUUGGCUGGAAUUUCCGACUCCUAGCUGUUGCUUAUUGUGGAAUUGUUGUGACAGGGCUUGUAGUUUACAUGCAAACUUGGGUUGUGCAGAAGAAAGGUCCUCUCUUCUUGUCAAUCUCUACACCUCUAUCUUUGAUCCUCACCAUGGCUUUUUCUAUAUUCUUCUUCGGAUCCAUUGUUAGUUUGGGAAGUAUUCUGGGAGCGGUGUUCUUGAUCGGAGGCUUGUACUGUGUAUUGUGGGGAAAGAACAAGGAGCAAAAAAUGGUAGAAAACAGCACUGGUAAUCCAACGGUUGAGAGUGAGAAGGGGUCAAUCGCCGGAUCAUCAGGACAACUCUUCGGCACCGUAGCCUUGGUUCCCAUGGCCUUCUUUUUGGAAAGGAAAACUGCACCACACUUAACGUUCAAGACUUUCUGGAUGCUUUUUGCGGUCUCUUUUUUUGGGUGA